CGGAGGCCCUGGCGGUCUUUUUACCCCCGUUAGGUCCGUCUGUCUCCUAAGGUUUCAGAGUGCCGGUUCAGAGUCGGGGUGACUAGUGAAGACGCGAGGGGAGGCACUGUCCUCGCCGCACACACUAGGACUGGGCCCCGCUCCGCCCCAUGAGUCCAAUGGCGGCGGCCGCGCCCAGGGCCCUAGCGCAGGGUGGCGUGACCUUUGAGGACAUUGCCGUGUACUUCUCCUGGAAGGAGUGGAGACUUCUGGAUGAGGCUCAGAGACGGCUGUACCACCAUGUGAUGCUGGAGAACUUUACACUUAUAUCCUCACUGGGUUGCUGCUGUGGAGCAGAGGCUGUGGAGGCACCCAUUGAACAGAGUGCUUCUGGAGGUGUGUCACAGACCAGGACGCCCAGGGUAGCUCUGACUUCCCAGAAGACCCACCCCUGUGAGAUGUGUGGUCCAGUCUUGAGAGACAUUUUCCAUUUGGCUGAGCAGCAAGGAAAAGAAAACAGCCAGAAACUGUUGAGGUGCGGAGCAUGUGGGAAACGAUUUUAUUUCAGUAUAAAGUUUGAACAGCAGCAGCACGUGGGAGAAACACUAUGCAGAAACGAUGGGGCCUGUGACGUGAAGAGCUGCGGAAUCCAUGAUUUAGGAAAGCCCUUUACCUGUAGGGAAGUUCGGAAGGACUUCCUGUCUGGCUCGAGACAUCUGCGGCAAGAGGCCACUGUGAGUGGGGAGAAGCCAAACACCAUCACACAGUGCAGGGCAACUUUACAAAGGAGAAAAAGUCAUUAUCCUUGGGGAGAAUGCAAGAACGCCUUUAGUCCCAAACAUCCCCAUGUUCAGGACCAGGGUGUCCACCCUGGAAGACAGUGCUUUGUGUGUAGUGAAUGUGGGAAAACGUUCAGGUAUAAAUCGUUACUUGCUAUACAUCAGAGGUUCCAUACUGAAGAAAGAUAUCAUGAGUUUGGCAAAUAUGGAAAAUACUCUAGGCAAAGAUCAACCCUGAGUGAACAUGGAAAGACUCAUAGUGGAUCCAGGCAAUACACGUGUAGCAAAUGUGGGAAAUCCUUAGGUCCCAAAACUGUCCUCAUUCAUCCCCAGAGAUGGCACAAUGGAGUAAAGAGUUAUGUGUGCAGUGAAUGUGAAAAAUCUUUUAGCUGUAACUCAGUGUUGAUUACUCAUAAUGUUCAACCUGAAGAAAGGUUUUAUAAGUGUCAUGCCUGUGGAAAAUCUUUUCCCUCUAUGUCUGCCCUCUGUUCUCAUCGGAGAUCUCACACGGGAGAAAGACCUUAUGAGUGCCGUGAAUGUGGGAAGUCUUUUACGAGUAAUUCUGUCCUCCAUUCUCACCAGAGACUUCACACUGGAGAAAGGCAUUAUGAGUGCCGUGAAUGUGGGAAAUCUUUUAUCAGUAAUUCUGUCCUCCGUUCUCACCAAAGACUUCAUACUGGAGAAAGGCCUUAUGAAUGCCGUGAAUGUGGGAAAUCCUUUACUUUUAGUUCUACCCUCCGUUAUCACCAGAGAGUUCAUACUGGACAAAAGCCUUAUAAGUGCCGAGAAUGUGGGAAAUCUUUUAUUACUAGUAAUCAGUGCCGUUCUCACCAAACAGUUCACAGUGGAGAAAAGCCUCAUGAAUGCAGUGAAUGUGGUAAAUCCUUUCCCCGAAAAUAUAGCCUUGUCGAACACAAAAAGAUUCACUCACAAGAACGGCCUUAUGAGUGUAAUGAAUGUGGGAAAUCUUUUAUUACUAGUAGCCAAUGUCGUUCUCACCAGAGAGUUCAUACUGGAGAAAGGCCUUAUGAGUGCCAUGAAUGUGGGAAAUCUUAUACUGUUAGUUCUGGCCUCCACGUUCACCAGAGAGUUCACACUGGAGAAAGACCUUAUGAAUGCCAUGAAUGUGGAAAGUCCUUUACCAGUAGUUCUAACCUACGUUACCACCAGGCAGUUCACAGUGGAGAGAGGCCUUAUGAAUGCAGUGAAUGUGGCAAAUCCUUUUCCCGAAAAUAUAGCCUUGUCGAACACAAAAAGAUUCACUCACAAGAACGGCCUUAUGAGUGUAAUGAAUGUGGGAAAUCUUUUAUUACUAGUAGCCAAUGUCGUUCUCACCAAAGACUUCACACUGGAGAAAGGCCUUAUGAGUGCCGUGAAUGUGGGAAAUCUUUUACCAGUAAUUCUGCCCUCCGUUCUCACCAAAGACUUCACACUGGAGAAAGGCCUUAUGAGUGCCGUGACUGUGGGAAAUCUUACAUUGUUAGUUCUGCCCUCCGUGUUCACCAGAGAGUUCAUACUGGACAAAGGCCUUAUAAGUGCCGUGAAUGUGGGAAAUCUUACACUGUUAGUUCUGCCCUCCGUGUUCACCAGAGAAUUCAUACUGGACAGAAGCCUUACAAGUGCCGUGAAUGUGGGAAAUCUUUUGUCAGUAAUCCUGCUCUCCGUUAUCACCACAGAGUUCACACUGGAGAAAGGCCUUAUGAGUGCCACGAAUGUGGGAAAUCUUUUACCAGUAAUUCUGCCCUCCGUUCUCACCAAAGACUUCACACUGGAGAAAGGCCUUAUGAGUGCCGUGACUGUGGGAAAUCUUACACUGUUAGUUCUGCCCUCCGUGUUCACCAGAGAAUUCAUACUGGACAAAGGCCUUACAAGUGCCGUGAAUGUGGGAAAUCCUUUACCACUAAUUCUAUCCUACGUUAUCACCAGGCAGUUCACACUGGACAAAAGCCUUAUAAGUGCCAUGAAUGUGGGAAAUCUUUUAUCAGUAAUCCUGCUCUCCGUUAUCACCACAGAGUUCACACUGGACAAAAGCCCUAUGAAUGCCGUGAACGUGGGAAAUCUUUUACCAGUGAUUCUGCCCUGCGUUAUCAGAGAGUUCUCAAUGGAAAAAGGCCUUAUGAAUGCAACGAAUGUGGGAAAUCUUUUGCUGGUAGUUCUCCUUUCCGUUAUCACCAGAGAUGUCAUACAGGAGAAAGGCCUUAUAAGUGCAGUGAAUGUGGGAAAUCUUUUACUGCUAGUUCUGCCUUCCGUUCUCACCAGAGAAUUCACACUGGAGAGAGGCCUUAUAAGUGCAGUGAAUGUGGGAAAUCUUUUACUGCUAAUUCUGCCCUCUAUUAUCACCGCAUACGUCAUACUGGACAAAAGCCUCAUCAGUGUCCUGAAUGUGGCAAAUCUUUUAUUUUUAGUUCUGCCCUCCGUUCUCACCAGAGAUGUCAUACAGGAGAAAGGCCUUAUAAGUGCAGUGAAUGUGGGAAAUCUUUUACUACUAGUUCUGCCUUCCGUUCUCACCAGAGAAUUCACACUGGAGAGAAGCCUUAUAAGUGCAGUGAAUGUGGGAAAUCUUUUGCUGCUAGUUCUGCCCUCUAUUCUCACCGCAUACGUCAUACUGGACAAAAGCCUCAUGAGUGCCCUGAGUGUGGGAAAUCUUUUACUUUUAGUUCUGCCCUCCGUUGUCACCAGAGACGUCAUACAGGAGAAAGGCCUUAUAAGUGCAGUGAAUGUGAGAAAUCUUUUAUUGCUAGUUCUGCCCUCCGUAUUCACCAGAGAGUUCACACUGGACAAAACUGUUCUAAGUGCAAUGAGUGUGGGAAAUCUUUUCUCACAAGUACCCGCCUUCGAGCUCACCAGAGCGUCCACAGUGGAGAGAGGCCUUACCGAUGCAGUCAGUGUGGCAAAUCCUUUCCCCGAAAAGAUACCCUCGUUGUUCAUCAAAAGGUUCACUCGGGUGAACGGCCUUAUGAGUGUAAUGAAUGUGGGAAAUCAUUUACUUUUAGUUCUGCCCUCCGUACUCACCAGAGAAUUCACACUGGAGAAAGGCCUUAUGAGUGCCGUGAAUGUGGGAAAUCAUUUAUAUGUAGUUCUUCUCUCCGUUCUCACCAGAGACUUCACACUGGAGAAAAGCCUUAUGAAUGCCAUGAAUGUGGAAAAUCAUUCACUGGUAAUUCUUCCCUCCGUUGUCACCAGAGACUUCACACUGGAGAAAGGCCUUAUGAAUGCCAUGAAUGUGGAAAAUCAUUCACUGGUAAUUCUUCCCUCCGUUGUCACCAGAGACUUCACACUGGAGAAAGGCCUUAUGAGUGCCGUAAAUGUGGGAAAUCAUAUAUGAGUAGUAAUGGUUUUAAAUAUCAUAACAAUCUUCACACUGCAGGAAGGAUUUAAAAUAGGACAGAAUGUGAUACUUCUUACUUAGUAUAGUUUAGGCUGGAGGACAACCUCUGUGAGGCAAUUACCUACUUGUACUGAACUUGGUUCACCUCAAUGCUAUGGAGUGACUUCUGAUGUGUUCCAGUUGGGAAAAAUUCAGAACCUGUGUUGUACUUUGAUAUGCAUGCAGUCAUUACAAAAUUAAAGUCACUGUCAGUUCC